AUGUGGGAUCCCCAUUCCCUACAACACUACACGUACAGUUACCAACUUCCGUUUGAGCUUUCAGCGCUGGCAGUGUAUCCCCUGGAACAUUUGUCUUCCCCAUGUCUUGACAACUGCCUUAUAUAGAAAGCCUGCCACUAUGGCGGCCCCAAAGUCCUCCGACCAUGCUGCUCACCAGAAAACGCCUGUGACAAUUCUUACUGGUUUUCUGGGCGCCGGCAAGACUACGUUGCUGAACUACAUAUUGAAGGCAAAGGGGAGCCGCAGCAUAGCGGUCAUUGAGAAUGAGUUCGGAGAAGUAAAUAUCGACUCAGCUUUGGUCGCGGACAACCUGCUCGCUAAGGAGGAUUUGGUAUCCCUGGAGAAUGGCUGUGUCUGCUGCUCGCUUCGGAAGGACAUAGUAAAAGCGUUUGCUGAAAUAGAGCGGCGUAGUAGACACCAGGGCAAACGCGUCGACGCUAUCGUGCUGGAGACAACUGGUCUUGCUGACCCAGCGCCGGUGGCUUUUACCUUCUUCGCCAACCCCUGGCUAGCCUCUCGCUACCGCCUGGACAGUAUCAUCUGCGUCGUGGAUGCGCGGUACCUGAUGCAGCAUCUGGAAGAUGGCAAGCACCCGGAGGGCCCCAUCAACGAAGCUGUGCAGCAGAUUGCCUUCGCGGACCUCAUCCUGCUGAACAAGGUGGACCUUGUAGCGGAUGAGGACGCGAAGAGGCAAGUUCUCAGCGCAAUCAAGCGCAUUAACAACUCUGCCCGCAUCAUUGAGUGCCAAUUAAACCAAGAGACUGGCCGGCCACCGAUGGAGACUCUCCUAUUCAAUAACCUCUUCUCGGUCAACCGCGUGUUAGAGCAGGUCGACCCGCAGUUCCUGGACUCGGACUCCGAUGACGAUGGCGAUGACGAUCAGCUGCCACCGCCGCAGUCCGCAGCCUCCCCAGAGUGGCAGCUGCCGGGUCACCAAGCAGACCGCGACAUAAUGGACAGGACGGCAUCCGGCGCGCACGCGAGCUCCUCUGCUGGGCCAUCGGCUAGCGCUCCCGGAACUCGCCCGACAUCUGUCACGGAGGCCGGAGCACCGGUGACAACAGCAGCGGCACCGUCUACAACACUAGCAGCGGGGCGGGAGGAUAGAGCAGCUUUAGCGGCGGCGGCAGCAGCGGCGCGGACGGAAGCGCAAGCUGGGCCUGGCGGUGGCGGUGCUAGCGGGGCCGGCGCUGGCCCAGACAGCAGCAAUCCCUCAGCUGCCGCUUUGAUUGGCGACGCGGAUGCUGCCGCAGGCGCUGCGACUACUGCAGCAGCAGCCGCUAGUGACGCUGCUACUGCUCGGGCGCUCCUAAAGUACCAGCAGCGGCUGUCGGGUCACAAGCACGGGCGGGACGGGCAGCCCAGCAGCGGGGGGCACCACCCUCACAAGGGCGGGCACCACCACCCGCACAGCGCGCUGGAGUGUGAGGACAACUGCGAGGAGUGCAAGGUGGCGGUGGGCAUGAAAGCACAGGCUGAGCGCAACCCCAAGCGCCGCGCCAAGCGCCUGCACGACCUGUCCGACAUCAGCUCGGUGGGCAUCAUGGCCCGGGGGCCGCUGGACGAGUACCGCUUCAACAUGUACAUGCGGGACCUGCUGGCGGAGAAGGCGCAGGACAUAUUCCGGUGCAAGGGCGUGCUCAGCGUGCACGGCUAUGGCAGCACCAAGUUUGUGUUCCAGGGUGUGCACGAGACCAUCUGCUACGGCCCCGCGGAGCAGCCCUGGCGGCCCGACGAGGCGCCGGUCAACCAGGUGGUCUUCAUCGGCAGGGGGCUGGACCGCAAGGCUCUGAUUGAGGGCUUCCGCACGUGCGUGUGGGUGCCGCUUCCGGACGGCUGGGACGAGUUCCGCGACCCCGCCACCAAGCAGCCCUACUACGUGCACCGCGCGAGCGGGGAGAAGACCUGGACGCGACCCGAGUUCGCCUGCCCGCGAGUGGUGGCCACGCAGGGGGCGACCAUGCAGCCCUCCAAGCUGCUGCCCAGGAGGCAGCACCCGCAGCACCCGCAGGAGCAGGCGGUAGGGGCGGCAGCGGCGGGGGCGGCGCAGCAGCAGCAGCAGGAUCCGGCAGCAGCGUUGGCGGUGACACCUGCGGGGACGGUGCCUAGCGCGGGGGCGCUGGGAACUGCCAGCAAUUGAGCGGCGGGGUUGCUGGUUGGUGUUGAGUGGGUUGGCACUGUUGGUUGGGGUGCUUGGGAAAUAAGGAAUUCAAUUUCUUAACAUUCGUACGAUUAUGCGCAAGACGGCGGGAUGCAUGGGUAAUGGGCUUACUGGGUGGUUGUGGCGGUGGGGGGAGCUGUGUGAAGGGAAGCUGUGAGGUUAGACGUGUUCAUGUAAGGAGGACUAGCACUCGCAACACAGCUGGGGUCCCGUGACGCGUUAGCACGUGCUGCUUUGCUCGAGGAAAACAGGGGAUUUGGGCUGUAAGUUGGGGUUUGCAUGUAGUAGAACGGUCCACCCGUGGGAAGGGUGGAGGCGUCUCGUUGCCGAAAGUGACAUGGUUGCUACGAUGUGCGGUACUACUGUAAGAUUUGAUUGGCGGUUUAAUUGGAAGGUGGUGGGAAGUCGGGGUCAUGGCGGGUACGUGGGCUGAUGGGGGCUUUUGUCCUUCUUGAGCGCAGCAGCGGCAGCGGCGCACGUGCCGUUGGCACGUGGCAUGCGGAUACUGCGUUGCUGAACCCCUAAUUCGCCAUCCUUAGCCCCUAGUUCGCCAUCCUUAGUGCCUUCAAAGUGCUUAAUGCUUCGUCUGGCUUCCUUGGCUUUUGCCGUUUGCCGCUCCGGGACUGCUGUGAUGUGGCGUGUUGCAUUCCUUCCUGUGAGGAAAACUGCAAAACCGCUGUUACCUGUUUAGCUGGCGCAGUUAUCGCCUGCCUGUGUGUUUUUCCGGCAAUGCUGAGUGCGGAGUUUGGGCCGCCUGUUGUUUGUUGUUGUUUGAAAUUACGUCCUGAUCACGAUGCGCUCAAGGUUUGGCGCCGCUGAGCCGGUUGGCGAUUCAAUUGUCUAGUGGACAAAGGAUGGCUGUUUGGCGCCCCGACUGUUUCUCGGCUGUGCGGCUGGCUGGUUGGCAAAACAAUUCUGCACAAAGAAGAGUACUUUGUUGCUUUGAACCUUUUCCGAUCCUACUCUUGCCGCUUGCUGCAAGGUGUUGCGUUGAUGUAUCGCUUAUGAGGAAGCUUUAUGGCCCUCCAAGGGAAGUGCUUUGAGGUUUAAAAGGCUCAACAUGCCGCGGUGUACUUUGCAGCAGCAGACCAGCUAGCUUCCAGCUGUGUUCUGUCGAUGCGGCGCGCUCUUUCUGUGCGUGCACAUAGCAGCCCCUUGAAUGUCGUCGCCUCCCUGUCAGUUGUUUCCGGUUAGGACUGGUUUGAGCGUUUCGCGUGUGCGCGUCCUGGCUUAUAAAAACAACAACGAAUGCUGUUGCUGCUGUCGUCAAGUACUAUUUCUUACUGACAUGUGCACUUGUCUGCUGCGUGUUGUCUUUCGAGCUGCUGCGCGGUCCAAGGAACUUGCAAAACGACGUUUGCCUCUGUUUGCAGCCUAACACGGUGCGACGCGCCGAAGCGCUGGUUGGGUUGCGUUGCGGUUUUCGGGACCAAAGUCUUACAUAGACGCGCUAGCUAGGGUUUUGGACCUAACGAAUUGUAUUGGAACGACCGAGGGCUCUGCUUUGAGCGAGAUGACGUAUGAUACUGCGUUAGCAAAGGAUGCUGCCCUGGUCAUGAAUGCUCAUGUGCUCAGGCCUACAGCAGCUGGUGGCUGGCGGUGUCAAUCCGCCCUUGCCGUGUAUACCGGUACAACCUGUACUUUAAAUAACUCAAAUGGGG